AUGGAGCAGUUGAAUUCGGCCAAUACCAAUGAUCCCAAGUCCAAAGUCAUUAAGAACCUAAAGAGACAAUCGAUCCGCCAUAGUCUUGUGACGGAGAAUAAAGGCGAUGACUAUGAUUGGGGUAAAAAAAAGUAUACACACACACACACACACAUUUUGUUUAAUAUAAAUGCAAAAAAAAAAAAAAAAAUAGACUUUUGGGCAGGGAUUAUGUGCGAUUUUCAACAUUUGAACAAGGUAAAUCAAGAAUUAAUUAAACAUAUUCGGGUGGGCAUUCCACCUUCCAUUCGUGGUAUGGUAUGGCAAUUACUUGCCAAAUCAAAAGACGAAAUGCUGGUCACAAAAUAUAUGGAUCUUCUUAAACUGCCGAGCCCCUAUGAUAAAAUGAUUCAGCGAGAUCUGGCACGUACCUUCCCUGGCCAUGUUUAUUUCAAAGAUACAGAUGGGCAAGGUCAAGAGGGACUUUAUAACGUGGUCCGAGCCUAUAGUUUAUAUGAUGAUGAAGUUGGCUAUUGUCAAGGGCUUGCCUUUAUUGUGGGUCCCAUGCUCCUCAACAUGCCAGAUGAAGAUGCGUUCUGUGUGCUAAUCAAAUUAAUGAAACAAUAUGGUCUUCGGGGCCAUUUCACACCGGAAAUGGACGGACUUCAAUUACGGCUGUACCAAUUUGAUGCGUUGGUGCAAGAGCACCUGCCUCAUGUGGCACGGCAUCUGAUUGGACAAGGGAUCAACUCCACCAUGUAUGCUUCACAGUGGUUCAUGACACUGUUUGCCUAUAAAUUUCCUUUAAACCUGGUUUUUCGGAUCUAUGACGUGAUAUUUACCGAGGGCAUCGGCUCUAUUUUUAAAUUCGCCAUUGCCUUGCUCAAGAAGAACCAGACGACAAUUUUGGGACUGGAUUUCGAACACUUGUUGCAUUUCUUGAAGAAUGGCUUAUUUGAGCAAUACAAGGAUGAUGAUCGUCGGUUUGUAAGUGAUGCGUGUGAUUUAGAAUUCACAGCGAAAAGAUUAUACCAGCUUGAAAAGGAAUACAAGCAAAUGCUUCAAAAGGAGCUGGCGGACGCGACCUUGAUGGAGGAAUUACAAAAACAAAAUGCGGUAUUGAAAAAGAAGUUUGAAACGUUGGAAGGAAAGACGGAGACGUUGAGAGCGGAACAGACGGACGUACAAGAGCAACUGAACGGCACGUUGGAACAAUUGAAUACAUUAAAAGAAGAAAACACUGAAUUGGUGACGGUCGUGACGAACUUGGAAAAGGAAGUGAAAUCCGUGCCUGAAGAAAUUGAGGCGAGAACAAGAGAUCAAUUCGAAGGUUACUGUGAGGAAAAUGCUUCUCUGAUCGGAAAGAAUUCUUCGCUCGAGGAUCAAUUACAAAAGGCAGAAUCCAUCCUGAUUGAUAUCAAGAUUCGUUAUGCACAAAGUGAAAAUGAUAAAGAAGAAUUACAUCGAAGAUUAUAUGAAUUAAAGAAAUUAAUGAGUUUUUAA